AUGGGAAAACCAUCAAUUCAGACAACUCCCAAGACUUUUGUAGAAGAAAUGAGAAUAAAAACAUUUGUUUUGUUACAAGAAUCCUUGGCCCAGAUUUGUAACAACCAAAUUAUCCAUAAUGGAAUCUCCACUGAAUGGGAUUUUGUUCAUAAUAACUACAAACCAUGUCAAAACAUGUUUGAAGACUGCCCUGAAAAUCAGGAGGGUGAAUGCUAUUGUAAAUUAGAUUAUGCCAUUAGGAAGGCAAGAAUCUCCUUACCAACUUUUAAACCCUUCAAAUUUAGAGAUUACCCUUUAACAUUAACCAAUUUGCUUAAACAUGGACUGGUAAGUAUAAUUAAUGUUCCACCAUUGUAUGACUUCACUCCAUAUUUACCAGCAUUCUUAGCUGAUACAUUAGAAACCAUAAUUUCAGAAUUUUCACAAAGUGUAAAACUAGAAAUAACAUCAUUAUAUAUAGAUUUUCCCAAUAAUUGUCCAAGUUAUCAUUUAAUUUGGUUAUAUUUCAAGAAUAUGGAUAUUGAAUUUAAAGAAUUCCAAGUGUAA